AUGACUUAUAAUGCAGUCAUCAACUUCUGGACAAUGACUUAUAAUGCAGCCAACAACUUAUGGACAAUGACUUAUAAUGCAGUCAACAACUUCUGGACAAUAACUUAUAAUGCAGUCAACAUCUUCUGGACAAUGACUUAUAAUGCAGUCAACAACUUCUGGACAAUGACUUAUAAUGCAGCCAACAACUUCUGGACAAUGACUUAUAUUGCAGCCAACAACUUCUGGACAAUGACUUAUAAUGCAGCCAACAACUUCUGGACAAUGACUUAUAAUGCAGUCAACAACUUCUGGACAAUGACUUAUAAUGUAAUCAACAACUUCUGUACAAUGACUUCUAAUGCAACCAACAACUUAUGGACAAAGACUUAUAACGCAGUCAACAACUUCUGGACAAUGACUUCUAAUGCAACCAACAACUUAUGGACAAUGACUUAUAAUGCAGUCAACAACUUCUGGACAAUGACUUAUAAUGCAGCCAACAACUUCUGGACAAUAACUUAUAAUGCAGUCAACAACUUCUGGACAAUGACUUAUAAUGCAGUCAACAACUUCUGGACAAUGACUUAUAAUGCAGUCAACAACUUCUGUACAAUGACUUCUAAUGCAACCAACAACUUCUGGACAAUGACUUAUAAUGCAGUCAACAACUUCUGGACAAUGACUUAUAAUGCAGUCAACAACUUCUGGACAAUGACUUAUAAUGCAGCCAACAACUUCUGGACAAUAACUUAUAAUGCAGCCAACAACUUCUGGACAAUGACUUAUAAUGCAGUCAACAACUUCUGGACAAUGACUUAUAAUGCAGUCAACAACUUCUGGACAAUGACUUAUAAUGCAGUCAACAACUUCUGGACAAUGACUUAUAAUGCAGUCAACAACUUCUGGACAAUGACUUAUAAUGCAGCCAACAACUUCUGGACAAUGACUUAUAAUGCAGCCAACAACUUCUGGACAAUGACUUAUAAUGCAGUCAACAACUUCUGGUCAAUGACUUAUAAUGCAGUCAACAACUUCUGGACAAUGACUUAUAAUGCAGCCAACAACUUCUGGACAAUGACUUAUAAUGCAGUCAACAACUUCUGUACAAUGACUUCUAAUGCAACCAACAACUUCUGGACAAUGACUUAUAAUGCAGUCAACAACUUCUGGACAAUGACUUAUAAUGCAGUCAACAACUUCUGGACAAUGACUUAUAAUGCAGUCAACAACUUCUGGACAAUAACUUAUAAUGCAGCCAACAACUUCUGGACAAUGACUUAUAAUGCAGUCAACAACUUCUGGACAAUGACUUAUAAUGCAGUCAACAACUUCUGGACAAUGACUUAUAAUGCAGUCAACAACUUCUGGACAAUGACUUAUAAUGCAGUCAACAACUUCUGGACAAUGACUUAUAAUGCAGCCAACAACUUCUGGACAAUGACUUAUAAUGCAGCCAACAACUUCUGGACAAUGACUUAUAAUGCAGUCAACAACUUCUGGACAAUGACUUAUAAUGCAGUCAACAACUUCUGGACAAUGACUUAUAAUGCAGCCAACAACUUCUGGACAAUGACUUAUAAUGCAGCCAACAUUUUCUGGACAAUGACUUACAAUGCAGUCAACAACUUCUGGACAAUGACUUAUAAUGCAGUCAACAUUUUCUGGACAAUAACUUAUAAUGCAGUCAACAACUUCUGGACAAUGACUCCUAAUGCAGGAUAUAAAUAA